AUGGUUGUGUAUCGGCUACCUCGCAUCCUACCGCUGUACCCUGUUCUGGGACUUCUCGGCGCGUACGCUCAAGCUUUCACGGUAGUGCCAGUCUGCAAUUCAUCAAUUUACUGCACCGGUGAUCUCCUGCACAGAGUGCAACUAGCGCGGAUUUUCCCAGACUCAAAAACGUUCGUCGACCUCAAGCUUGUUUAUUCUGAAAAUGAAACACUGGCUGACUACGCAAAAUUAAUGCACGAUACGGAUCAAAACCCAUCACGAGAGCAAAUCUCUAAUUUUGUUGAUCUGCACUUCAUGGAAGGAAACGAGUUAGAGUAUUGGAUGCCACCCGACUUCGACCCUGAGCCGCCGAUCCUAGAUCGAAUCGCCGAUCCUAAAUUGAAGGUUUUUGCAAAGCAUGUGAUUGGUAUGUGGGCAAAGUUAGGUCGGAAAGUAAACUUUGAUGUUGUCCAACAUCCCGAUCGAUAUAGUUUCAUUUACGUGCCCAACGGAUUUAUUGUUCCUGGUGGAAGAUUUAAGGAGUUGUACUAUUGGGAUUCUUUUUGGAUGAUAAGAGGACUUCUGCUCAGUAACAUGACGGAAACCGCUCGAGGCAUGAUUGAAAAUCUUCUUUACCUUGUUGAAAAUCUCGGAUAUGUUCCUAACGGUAAUCGGAUAUACUAUCUUGGAAGAAGUCAACCGCCGUUAUUAGCAGCGAUGGUUGCUAGCUACUUCUCCGUGACCGGUGAUAUUGGCUGGUUGGAACAACAUGUUGGAACCGUCGAGAAAGAACUUCAAUUUUGGUUAGAUAAAAAGAAAGUGACAGUCGAGGUGAACGAAAAAAAAUAUGUUUUGCUGAGGUACUUGUCCGACAAGAAUUGUAAAGGUCCGCGACCCGAGUCCUACUUUGAAGAUUACAUGAACGCACGCACUCUCCCCAAUGAAGAAAAACGCGAAGAAUUCUACGCAGAAAUGAAAAGCGCUGCGGAGAGCGGAUGGGACUUCUCGACGAGGUGGUUCGUGAACGCCAAAGAUGAGGUCGUGGGUAAUUUGACAGAUGUGCACGCCAGCAGAAUUAUUCCAGUCGAUUUGAAUGCCAUUUUCGCAGGAGCGCUUGAACUUGUCGGUGAUUUCCGUAACCGAUUGAAGGACAGGCGGAUGGCUCAAAAAUGGUGGAGUCUCGCGAAGUACUGGCGCAGCGCGAUCCAGCACGUGUUGUGGGACCCGUCAGAUGGAGUGUGGUACGAUUACGAUUCUAUGGCGAAAACUGCCAGAAGACAUUUCUAUCCUAGCUGUGCCACGCCCCUGUGGACUAAAGCCGUAGAGGACUACGAGUUACCCAAAUAUGCGGCCCGUUUAGUACGGUACCUUUUGUCUUCCGGCGCUCUUGAUUUUCCCGGCGGUAUCCCCUCAUCCAUUCUUCAUUCAGGGGAACAAUGGGACUAUCCGAACGCAUGGCCGCCUAUGCAAAGUAUACUAAUUGGUGGUUUAGAUGGCAGCGGAGACGACGAAGCCAAACAGCUGGCUAAAGAGCAGGCUGUUCUUUGGAUUUAUGCAAAUUAUAUAGGAUAUAACACUUGGAAAAAAAUGUUUGAAAAGUACAGCGCGGUACAACCAGGUCAUCAUGGUGGUGGUGGAGAAUACAGAGUUCAGGAUGGGUUUGGAUGGACGAAUGGAGUUGCUCUCGAACUUCUGGAUAGAUAUGGUAAAGAAUUGAUCAUUAACAAAAAGAUAAUAACCUCCCUGCCUUACGUUCGACAUAUAGCAGUAUAA